CGUGCGCGUUGCUGGGAGUCGCUCUCACGAGGUUAUAAUUUUUAAGAUGGCAGCUUCAGAACUUUUUGGUGAGGAAUAUCCGACUGAAAUUCAUGAGUAUUUAGUGGCCUUUGAAGAAUCUGUGAAAUGUGCUGAUGGGAUGUUGAAAAGCCUGAUGUCCACUCCCAGGAGUGAGCAGCUCCAAAAGUUGGAUCCUCUUGAGCAAGCCAAGCUGGAUUUAGCCUCUGCUUAUGCCUUGAAUUCUUUGUUUUGGAUAUACCUUGUCACACAAGGAAUCAAUCCCAAAGAACAUGCUGUCAAACAAGAAUUGGAGCGGAUAAGAACUUAUAUGAAUAAAGUGAAAGAAAUAACUGACCGUAAGAAGGCAGCAAGGCUGGAUAAAGGUGUGGCAUCCCGAAUUGUCCGAAAUGCAUUGUGGGAAGCAAAAUCUGAAGGAAAGUCGAAAACAAAAUCGCAAUCUUCGCAUUGAAAUGCCAGAUCUGAGUUCCAAGAGGAAACUGCAGUGACUUUGACAAGAACUUUCUUUGACAUGUCACUGGAUGGAGAAAAAUCUGCACAUGGUUCACAUAUCUUGCUAAUCUCACAAGAAGAAAAAUUGCAUGAACGAAUAGUGUAACAUUCAUUAACUGGCUCCUUUUUGUAGAUAUAAAAGCAAUUGUACAGACAUUUGUUCCUCAUUCUAAGCUUUUUAUUGGGGGGAAUAUUUUCUUUAUAUAAAUGUACAUUCUAGCAUCAUUUUACCCAAUGCUUUCUUAUUCACUUCAGUUGAUAUUUCAUUUGGAGAGGAGUGUGGAAAAAGAACAGACAUUUUUUAAAUAACCAAGAGAUGCUGCUGUAUAGAGUCUCAAGAGUUUCAAGUGUUUUUUUUUGUAAAAUUAUGGUCCUCAUAGUCCUUUAAAUAUAGAAGUAAUUACGUGCAGCUCCCUAUCAAGGAUAAGAUUUAGUGUAAACUUGCAAUACAGUCCUAGAUGUGUCUAAGAAGGAAAGAGAUGAAAAUGUGAUUUGCCAUGACCUGAUGUACAAAUUAGAUUAACCAGGUUAUAAGAUGAGUAAUUUCUCUAAUGAGAUGUAGGCAAUUAUGCACACAAAUAUAAAAACGCGCAAAACAGUAUUCAAAAGACCAGUCAAAUUGCUCAGACCAGAUUUCAUAAUGGGGAAGAAAUAUGUUCAAGGUGACUUUGGAAUGAUUGACUUUGGAAUGACAGUGUGGUUUGAGUACAUCAGAAACUGCUUAUCUCCUGAGAUUUUUCACGCACAACGGUCUCUAGAGUUUACAGAGGAUGGAGCAAAAAACAAACAAAAAAAAUCCAAUGAGUGGCAGUUCUGUGGGCAAAACCAAUUUCUUUGAUUGUGGACUUUACGCGAAGAGAUCAUAGCGUUACAGGCGGUCAGCCAUCAUAUUCCUACUUUUUCUGAGCAUUGUACCUCAAGGAUUGAGUGAAGUUAGAAGAGCAGUACCAUGUUAACACAUGGGGCACUGGAUAAGGUGAAUGAUGUCUUAUUAUGUAGCAGAGUCUAAAACUGGAGAGCACAGUGUUGAGCUGAGAGAGCAAAGGUUUAAAGGAGACAUGAAGAGUCACAGAUGGGUAUUUGGAAUGUAGAGGUGUUUACAUUUAAAUAAUAUUUGGACGGGUAUAUAGAUAGGAAAGUUAAGAGGGAUAGGACCCAAAUGCAGUUAAAUGGGAUGAGCUUAGCUGGUUGGCAUGGAAGAAAUUGGCUGAAGGGGUGACUCUAAUCCUUGUGGACCCAGCUUUUUGUUCUUAAAUCUACAGAGUGAAAUGUAACUGUUCAUUCAGGUUUAAUCAGCAAAUAGGCUGUCCAGUCUUUGGGCUUGGGUGGGCCUUUUCAUGUUGAGAUAGAAGAUUGAGCUGCUAUAAUUGCUGGCACUUCUGUCCUUGCGUUUGUCAGCAAGAUAGUUGCUAUGAUGUCAAGCUGCAUUUGUUGUUGCUCAGUGUCACUUGAGCACAAUUGCACAAAGUAUGUAAGCUUUUCUGAAUUCUGAAUCCCUCUUUCUUCAGAUGGAUACCUUUUAUGCUGAAUUCUCAUAUUACCCUCAAUCAUUUGCUUAAACCCUCUACAGUAAUCCCACUUUCUUGCUCUCCUGGUCUUUUUUCCCAUCUGCUAUACCAUCCUUCCAUGGUCAGUUCCUCCAUGAUCUCUGGUGGGAGAUUGCAGAGGAAUCUGUUAUUUUACUGAACACGGUCUCUUUGUAGGUAUGAGUUACAGCAUGUAGUUGGGAAUCUAAAUUCCUGUAGACUUGAGAAUAUUUGAAUAUUUUCCAAUGCUUAUUUGCAUGUCCUUGUGUUGAACGCUCUUAUUAUGUGCAUGAAUUAUGCCACACUUCCAGCAGUAGUGGUCAGUGUACAGCUAUCAUCAAUACAUUGUGUUCAAUGCUAAACACCCCAAAUCAGAAUUUAGUACUGAGAAGUUGAAUUGCCUUGUGAAGUGAAGGUUUGUACAAUUACAUUGUGUGUGGAGCAUUUUAGCAUUGCUGUUACUUGUGUGCAAUUUCAAUUGGAAUGUAUUGCAUGGGGUUUUCACAUACAAGACUUGCACUAAUAAUUUGAGGAGUAGAGAAGAAAGUAAUAGCAGGGGAGGAAAAGGUGGUUAGAAAGAAAAUUCACAUAAAUCAAGUGUAUUUGCUGGGGCAUGUUAAUGAUAUCUUGUCAUACACCAUUUCCUUUCUGCAGAUAAGGUGACUACUUUGGAAAUGCACAUGGCACUCAGUGACCCUUUUAUAGCCUGUGUGUGAUCAAUAGGGGUGCUUUCAGUGAUAGUGAUGGAAACACACUGUGGUCUAAAGUAAACUCUGUGAUAAGAUGAAUGACGACAAUGUUUAAAGAAUGUGGAAAGAACAUGUCCUUUAAAAAGCAAAAGGCAACACAUGCUGCACCCAAAUCCAAGAUAUAACCCCUUUGUUCUUGUGAAAUUCACGAAGUUCCAUUAUCACCAUGGUAAUAUCUCCAAGCUUAGUAUUGGUUCCUUAAGCUAUGGGAUAAUGUCUUUGAAAUCUGUACUAUCCCCACUAAAGACACAUAGCUCAGGACAAGUAGGUAAUUGCUCAGCAAAAAAUGAAGUUGAGAAUCUAAGAUAAUUGCACAAAUUUUUAGUGUCAUAAUGAUUGAAUUCUUAUUAAGUAGUCUUGAAUUAUUAAAGCAAAACUUUUAUAAAUAUUCUUUAUUAGCAAUGAAUGUAACUGUCUACCCCAUGCCCUCCUACUUUAUUUUGAUACAGAAGUUUGUUCCUCUUCCCUAUAACCCUGCAAUCAGUUCUGCUUGUGAACUCCCCUUUGAUUUGUUUGCCACUUAUCUGCAGUUGUAGGCAAUUUAAAGUAGCCAACUCACCUACCCGUGCUGUCAUAUAGAUAUCGGAAGAAAUUGGAUCACACACUGGAAGGUUAGUCUUAAAAAUGUCAAUAUCAGAUGAAUAAAAUCUAUUUACAUUAAUUAAACAAGAAUAAUGUGAGAUAAAAGGUAACAGUGGGCCUAUUCUUGAAACGGAUAUUGCCAUUUUUAGAUCUUUGGUACAAUGUGAGCUAAUAAGGAAUGGAAACCUGAUCAGGCAGACCACCUCAUUGCUAUUAAUACUGGAUGAGCUAGUUGGGGGAGAUCUUGGAGAAGCCAAAGCUGUCAAAUCUGUAUUCAUACACAGAUCAUACUGAUGCUAACAAAAUGUAAUGAAUACAACAUCACAACGUCAAGUUCACUGAUGACACAGCACCUCUACGAUGUUUAUUGCGAGGAGAAGGAUGAGCUUGAGGCCUGGUGCCAGGCAAAUAUCCUCUUCCUCAAUGUCAACAGGACAAUGGGUUAUCGAUUUCUUGCACCAUUCAUGCCCUCUUUACUUCAGUAGCGCAGCAGUGGAAGCUGAGAAGUUAAGACUCGGAUGCAUAUCUCACCCAACCUCAUGAUCCAAGAUCAUAUUGCAGACAAUUGGGAAAGCUAUUUUCAGGAAGCUGUAGAGAGCUGGACUAUGUAUAUCUAUACUCAUGUCAUUCUACAGCUUUACUGGUAUAACAACACAAUUAGACAACAGUAAACAGGAAGUCUCUACAAUGGGUAGUCAAAACUGCUCAAUACGUCACUUCACCAGCUUACCUACCAUCAAGGAUAUAUAUGCAGAAAGGAGGUGGAGAGAGCCAUUAGUAUCAACAGGGAUCCCACCCAUCCUGCUCAUGGACUGUUUGUCCCACUCUCAUUGUGGAGUAUGCAACGUAGCAUUAACACCAGGACCACUGGAUCCAAAAACAGUUAUUUACCCCAAGCAGUAAGGCUGAUCAAUACCUCCAAAGUACCACAAAACCACACCCCCACAUCUCCUCCCCUACCACCAUUACUCUAUCAUUUUCUGUCAGUCACUGUAAACAAACAUUUAAAAAUUUGUUAUGUUUUCUUUCCUAGUUCAGCUCAGCUGUAAACUGUGGCAGUACAGAAAUCAAAGUAAUAUUUAUCAUCUAAAUGAGCUGAUGUGUGGAAUGCUGACAGACUUUCACAGUCUCUCUUGACAUACUAUGACUUUACUGGCGUACAGUUUCCUAACUUAGCACUAGCCUCCAGCUGUGACCUAGCCUAGAACAAACCACUCUCCUCUUGUAACAAGAAGGUGCUCUUUUAUACCCCUACACAAUGACCUUGCCUUCCCAUAAAAAACAUGUUUUUCACCAUCUUCCACUGUUAUGACUGUAGACUUGAAUUCCCUUAACUUUCUCAAAACAUUACUGUGGACUGGUGGUUUUGUACUUUCUCAAAACAAUCGCACUCCACAAGUUAAUGCCAAUUUGCCUUACAGACUUCCAUAUUAUUUUUGCAUAUACCAAGGGGGAAUUGCAUUUAACUUCCUCCUUACAGUCACCUUGUGUGCACAUCAUACGUGCCUAGCAACACGUUAUGGAUAUACAAUCAACGUAUAUAAGCUAUCAUGUAUUUAUUAUUGCGUUCUUAUGUGUUUUUUUUGCGCUGUAUUGGAUUCAGAAUAACAAUUACUUCAUUCUCCUUUACACUUGUGUACUGGAAAUGCAAUAAAUUAUCUUGAAUUUUGAAUCUUCUGUAGUCCCUUUCCCUCAUGGUGUUUUAGAGCACUAAAUAGUCAUGAUGCAGAAAAAUUUGGCAGCCAAUUUGAACUUUCAAUUUUUUUUUGCUGUAAUUUGGAGAGAAUCUUUGUUGGUUGCAUUGCCUGGGGCAUUGUAUGAAUUGUCUUGAUACCAAAAGGCAAAGUGAUUAGCUUGUGUUCCUUCAAAUGAAGCAGAUGAAUUCAGGUAACAAAUCACAUGCUUAGCACUGAGCAUUUUUCGCUAGAGUGGCUGGCUAUUUGGACAUGAUGUGGCUUGUGCUGAAUGGAGUCAUUCAGUUUGCAAUGCCUCCUGCAUGCACAGAGGCCACAAUGAGUGCCAGAGGAGCAUAGCUUACUGCCACAGAACCAUAACAAUGAAACAGUAUCUUUGGAAAGGGAAGAAAAAUGUAAAGCACCUUCCCCAGUAGUAGGCUAAUGAACAAGAGGAACUAGGAAUGAGAUCACAUAGUUGAGAUCUAGUCUGGUGCAUAGCUGCAAACAAUUUCUGUACUCCUAACUUAAAUUAUUUUCAGAUCUAUUGCUUCUACAAUUGCCUGUCACUUUCUGUAUUUUGACAAUUGUCUAUCAGAGAGGGCUGUUCACUGUAGAAACCUGAAAAAUGUGGGCUCUGUGAAAUAUGGUGUCUUGCCUGCUGUUUUCUUCUUAAAAUCAAAUGUAUUAUCUGGAGGGAUUUGAAAUGUAUAUUUGUAUUGUACUGAAUCAAUUGCAAUAUCGUAAUGACUUCAUCAAUGCAAAUAAGUGACCAAAAAUUACUGAAAAAAGUUUCUUUGUACUAGAGCAUUAUAGAAACAAACAACUGAAGUAAGUUUUUUGGCUGAUGCUGCCACAAUCAGUAUACACCAAUAAUCUUGUGUGCUAAGAUUCUGCAUUUCAUUUUUUUUUCCUGAUCGAGUAUUCAUUCAGUUCUGUUUUGCUAUUGAAUUGACUUUCAUUGCCCUUUUAGGCAAUGCAUUCCACAUGGUGACAGCUUGUUGUGUUUGAAAUUAAAAUUGCCUUUUCCCUUUA